AUGAUCCUUAAGGCUCUCAUCUUGCUCCUUCAGGUGUUGCAAACGGUGCUUUCAGCUCCGCUCUCUGAAACACAGCAAGGUCCUCGAGCUAACAUCUCUACACGGAGUCUGCAAGAAGUGCACUUAGCCCAGCAAAACUUUCCGUGCACUCUCUACAACGAGAUUGCUGAAUUCGCGAAUGGAACAGGAAAAAGUGCAUGGAUCUGUGAAGUUUUUGGCCAAGACGCCAAAAAUGCCGGAAGUAGCAAAACUGUCGCCAGAGCCUUGGUUGAGGGAAUGGAGCAUGUUCUAGCUGCCAAUCCAAACAUUCGAAGUGGAAAAACCACUCUUCUCGCCCGAGGAGCUGCACUUUCCGACCACAAACUGACCAUUGAUCCUGGUAUCCCUCUUACGUUUGGAGAAGUGGAUCCAUCUUCGUUGACAACAAGCCGUAGACAACGAAGGCUCUCAGCGACUAGUGGCGAUUUGGAAGUUCUGGUGGUACGAGUGAGCACUGCUGAUGCUUCCUUAACAAAGUCAAAAGCAGAAAUCAGUGGAGAUUUCUUCGGAACACCUGGAAGCGGCGAUACCAUCAACUUGAAAAGCCUUGUGGAAGAAUGCUCCAACAAUGUGGCAAGAAUCAAUCCUGCCAGUGGAAUUGGCACGGGUUGUGCCAACAAUCCGGAUGCCGUCUUUGAAGUUCCACGCUCUGAUACAGGUACCGUAUACAACUGUGAAUGGUUCACAAAAUUCCGCGUUGCAACAGAGGGAGAUCUCUGCCCUCUCUAUGGUGACGCUAGACAAAGACUUCCAACCAUCGAUGGUUCCAAAACGGCCAAGACUGAAUGUUGUAUUUGUGGUGGUGGAACUACUAUUAACUAUAACAACAACAACGUAGUGGACGGAGUCAUUGAUUUACAACUGAGUAUCAAUGCCGUUGGAAGCGCUAACUUUGACGUCGAAGAUGCUGCCUUGGAAGCACUGCAGGAUCUCUUUGGUGACAGACUGACCGAGAAUUUUGACAACGUCAUGCUUUGCUUGCCCUUUGGAUCCCACUGGUAUGGUUAUCCGGGCGAUACAGAUUGGCUUGCAUAUGCUGAUUUCGGAGGUUAUGUUAGCGUGUACAAUGGCGACAAAUGGUGUGCCAAUGAAGUCACUCAAGUACACGAACUCGGACACAAUUUUGGCCUGGACCAUUCAUGGGGAGAUGAAGAAUAUGAGGACGAGACUGGAGCCAUGGGCUAUACAAAGGGCGCGGCUGAUGAUACCCCCUUCGGAAACAGAAUGUGUUUCAACGGUGCACACUCUUGGCAGCUAGGCUGGUACACUCCCUACAAUGUUGGAAUAGAUCCCUUGACCACAAACUUUGCUGGAAUUUUGGUGGGGGUAGACAGAGUCCCCAAUGUGGUAAACGGUUGCGAGAAUGUGGUCUUACAACUGACCGAAGGCUAUUGGAACAAUUACGUUAUCUUCAAUCAUGCGGUGGGGGCGAACGAAGGCACAUCUGAGCAUCGAAAUUUGGUCACGGUAACUUCUAUGAGCAUCGAUAGCACCGCAUCUUAUAUGGAGGCGACCAUAGCCGGCGGCUCUUUCAUAACAUUUGCUAACUGGGCUUACAGUGGACAAUCGGUAACAGUUAUGGUGACAUAUAUCAACACGGAUGCUGCCACUGGAAGUGCGGUUGUUGAAGUAUGGAAAGGAGGAAUCAACGAUCGCCCAUCUCCACAAUUUGCUUGUGUUCCGGAUCCAGUGUCUGAUCCAACCUCAAUACCCACUAGUGGACCCACAGCUGUGCCUACCUCUGGUCCAACAAGUGGGCCGACAUCAGCACCUACCCAUCGUCCAACGAGCCUGCCAACGUCAGGACCAACAAGUGGGCCUACACCUGCUCCUACCUCUGGUCCAACAUCCGGACCAACAAGUGGACCCACGCCUGGACCCACGCCUGGACCCACGCCUGCUCCUACCUCUGGUCCAACAUCCGGACCAACAAGUGGACCCACGUCUGCUCCUACCUCUGGUCCAACGUUAGCUCCGAAUCCAGAGCCAACGUCUGGUCCCACAUCAGGUCCCACGCCCGCUCCUAGUUCAGGCCCAACAUCGGGACCAACUAGUGGACCGACACCUGUUCCUACCUCUGGUCCUACUUCAGCGCCCACCUCUGGACCAACCUCUGGUCCCACUUCCGGAUCCACAACUGGCUCUGUCUCGUCUCCAGUUGCGUCUCCCAUUGCAUCCCCUGUUGCAAACGACGACGAGCCGGAAACCGAGGUGACUGGUGAUCCCCACUUCAAGACAUGGAAGAAUGAACACUUUGAAUUCCAUGGGCAGUGUGAUAUCGUCAUGAUUUCAGACAAGGACUUUGCCAACGGCCUUGGUAUAGAUAUUCAUAUCCGUACCAAGAUGGUUCGCUUCUGGAGUUACAUCGAAAAGGCUGUCAUCCGCAUUGGCAAUGACAUUCUUGAAAUCGAAGGAUUGCCCGAUUUCUCUGCCAGCUAUUGGAUCAACUACGAACACAUGGGCGAAUUGUCUGAUCUAUCUGGCUUCCCUGUGUCCCUCAAUGACAACACUGAUCGGUACACAAUUGAUUUGGGUAGCCUGUAUCCAGGAGAAAAGAUUGUAAUCAAAACCUUCAAGGAGUUUGUUGGAGUGAAAAUUAUUGGUGGGUCUGAGACUUCUUUUGGAAAGUCUAUUGGUAUCACUGGUGAUUUCAAGACUGGCAACACUUAUGCUCGCGAUGGAAACACUGUGUUGCACGACUUUACCGAACUUGGAAACGAGUGGCAAGUCUUGCCAUCUGAUGGACACUACUUCCAUGCUGUAUCUCGGCCACAGUUCCCAGAGAAGUGCUUGGUUCCAGAAAAUCCACAGGGAGCCCGCAAGCGCCGAUUGGACGAGAGUACUGUCUCGGAAGAACAAGCUGAAACCGCUUGUGCUGGACUUGAAGAUGAGUUCAGCCGCAAGGGUUGCGUCUACGAUAUCUUGGCUACUCAAGAUAUAGAUAUGGUCGGCGCCUACUAG